AUGUUUUUAAAUUCAAUAUUUAUUGUGCUAGCUUCAGUUUACACGAUGCUAUUGGCAAGUCCAAUCAAGAAAUGCAAAUUUCCCAAGAAACAGGGGCUUGUCGCUGUUUAUGAGGAUGGAGUGAAUGCCGGUUGGGCAAUGAGCCCAGAUGAGGCUUGUAUACCGGGAAAGUAUUGCCCGUAUGCUUGUCUGCCAGGCCAGUUGAUGAAUCAAUGGAAUCCAGAUGCCCAGACGUACCAGUACCCAACUUCAAUGGACGGUGGUUUGUAUUGCAAUAGCGAUGGUUCUACCAGUAGACCAUUCGAAGAUCGGGAGCUUUGUGUCGAUGGUGAAGGAACAGUCUCGGUUGUCAACAAGGCCUCCAAGGAUGUUGCAUUCUGCCAAACUGUGUUACCUGGGAAUGAAGCUAUGCUAAUACCAACAAAUGUGGAGCAUGGCGGCGAGCAGGUUUUAGCGGUUCCGGGACCAGAUUAUUAUGCAAGUACUGCAGCUCAUUAUUACAUCAACCCACCAGGAGUUUCAACCAAGAAAGGAUGCGUUUGGGGUACAGCAGACAAAGAAGUGGGAAAUUGGGCUCCAUAUGUUGCCGGUAUGAAUACUGACUCAAACGGUAACACCUUUGUCAAGAUUGGCGUAAACCCAAAACAUAUUGAUGAUUUCAAAGAGCACACACCCGAUUUUGGUCUCAAAAUUGUCUGCGACAACCCUGAAGAUUGCAACGGUUUGGAAUGUGAAUUGAACCCCAAGAAUGGGUACAAUAAAGCACAAGGACCAUAUGUGGGGGUGUCCUUUGGAGCUGAAUAUUGCAUAGUUACAGCAAGAAACCAUGCUAAUGCCAAAAUUGAAGUGUUUGAGGUAUGA